AUGGAUGGAAAGGGCGAUAUUAUUGCCACGUGGAUGAAGAAGCACCGUCUGAUAUACACCGGAGCCACCAGGCACCCUUUCAUUCUCAACAUUCGUGAUGGCUCUAUUGACAUCUCUUCCUUCAAACGAUGGCUGGCACAGGACUACAUAUUUGUAAGAGCGUUUGUUCCUUUUGUUGCCAGUAUAUUGGUGAAAGCUUGGAAGGAGACAGAUGAUAGUUCUGAUAUAGAUUUGAUUUUGGGUGGCAUGGCUGCUCUAAAUGAUGAGAUUGAGUGGUUCAAAAAAGAAGCUUCGAAGUGGGGUGUUGCUCUGAACAGCGUUGUACCGCACAAGGCCAACGUUGACUACUGCAGAUUUUUGGAAAGCCUAAUGAACCCUGAUGUUGAGUACACAUUGGCCAUCACAGCUUUUUGGGCCAUUGAGACUGUCUAUCAAGAAAGUUUUGCUCACUGCUUGGAAGAUGGUAGUAGAACUCCAGAAGAACUCAAAGAGACUUGCCAAAGAUGGGGCAAUGAGGGUUUUGGUCAGUAUUGUUGUUCUCUCAAAAACAUAACGAAUCGGUGUUUGGAAAAGGCAUCGGAUGACGUUCUCUCAAAAGCUGAGGUCAUUCUUAUACGCAUUCUCGAGCAUGAAGUAGAAUUUUGGAACAUGAGUCGUGGGGCAAUCUAG